AUGAGGCUGGAGCAGUGUCUGCCCCUCCUGGGGCUCCUGCUGUGUGCAGUUGGCACCACAGCUCAGCAGGAUGAAGAACUGGAGGAGGAAUUCCUGGUGGAGAUUUCUGGCACCACGGUGACCAUCACGUGUCCCUUGGGCGAGGACGACGACAACAUCCAGUGGGAGCUGUCUGGGAAAACCCAGGACACCAAGGAGAGGAAGUUCAUUAUAAAGGACCACGACAGCUCCCCUGCCAACCUCAGCUGCUCCUUGGGUAACGCGAAGCAUCAGCUGUACCUGAAUGCCAAAGUUUGUGCCACCUGCGAGGAGCUGGACGCCCUGAUGGUGGCAGGGAUCAUCACUGCAGACCUCCUCAUCACCCUGGGCGUGCUGAUCCUGGUCUAUUACUUCAGCAAGGGCAGGAAGGGACGAGCCAGCUCUGCUGGGGACAGCCGGCCACGAGGUCCGAAGAUGCAGCGGCCUCCCCCUGUCCCCAACCCGGACUAUGAGCCCAUCCGGAAGGGGCAGCGGGAGGUGUAUGCAGGCCUGGCCCCCAGGGCCAUCUGAAACUCCUCUGGUGGCAGCC